CGGGUUGCUGUUUCAGCCGCUGCGAUGCGUGCUGGGCCUGCCGCCGUCACCCCCGCCGCCUUGGCCGCGCUGGCCGCGCUGCUAGCGCUCCUAGCGGCCGACUGUGCAGCCUACAACGAAGACCGCCCCAUCUACAAGUGGAGCCCCGUCUGGUUCAACCGCUACUUCCGCACCGCUAACGCCAUCAAGCGGGUACGACACGCGCCGGGCCCCGGCGAGCAGUGCGUGACGUACGGGCGGCGCUGCAGCUACUGGGGCAUCCGCCUGCCGUGCUGCGAGGCGGACGCCAAGUGCCUCAUGGAGCACUGCGUGCCCCUCGCGGACCAGUACCUCUUCCUACCUGAGGACUGAAAUCAUCGACCGACGAUGCUGCUAAUUAUGUUAUGUCAUCUUGAACCAUAUCUAUACAUAUAGUGAAAAUAUUUUCUUUCAGUUAUCUAUUUAAUGUGACAUUUUUCAUGUUUUUGCUCAAACUUUUUUCAACACACAAUAUGUGUACAAAUAAUCUCUAAACAAUAUAAAACUAUUUAUCGUUAUACAUGAUACACUAAUUACAAUAAAUGCAUUAAAAUGUGAAUAUCGUUGUUCUAAUUACAGUGACUAAGGCAUUUACUGUCUCGAGCAAGGAAUAAUGUACAGUUUUACAUAAAAUAUUUCACUCGUAUCUAAGUGCCAAUAAAGUAUUACAUCCACCAUUUAUGCUGCACUCCGCUCUCUUAUAUGUACUUUGAAAUUAUGUGCAAUAUUAUAUAAAUAAUCAUUGAUAUGUGUUUUAUUUUAUUCAAUUAAAUUAGAUUUUUAUUAUACCCACUGAGUUAAAUUACGCUUUCCAACAAAGUGUACUUAACCUAAAAAUCAAUAUUUUGGUAUCAGUUGUAAUUGUGAAAAGAGGUUUCAUUCUACAUUGGCCACGUGAACUGAUUCAGUGCAAUUUUUGUGACAGUAGGUAAAAAAAUAUUCAUCUUUCAAAUACUCAUUGAUUUAUGGUGUAACUGGUUCGUAUUUAUGGUGAAUAUAAUGAUGGGUUUGAACUUAUCUAAUAUUUAUACUUGAAUGAUAAUUCCAAAAUACUCGAUAACAGUUAUCCUGCUACUUGUAUUAGGAUUGUGUUAUCCCAAAACCCGGAAGAAUGUAUACGUGACUACUUGUAUUUGACCUAUUGUGUGAGAAAAAAAAACACCUAUUGUAUGAAAGAAGAAAUUACUAAUCUGAACGUGUACAGAUUAUGGUCAUUGGUCGUUCGAGGUGCAUAGAUCUCUAAUAGAGAGAGUUCCAAUAGUGACCGUGAAUAUGCAAUCAUGAAGAAAACUAUACUCUCCGGAAAUCCUGGAAUAAAAUCAGUUUCGAUAUGCAGUGACGUGAAAUAAUUAUAGAAUGUUUGAGCCACAACAAAAUGUUCGUUAUUUAUUUAUAUAUUUUUAGUUACAUAUGUAAUAGGUUAGUUGUCUUAAUUAUUAUUACUCUCACAAUUCAUUCACUCUCAUUAUCGCAUCACACUUUUCUUACAUUAACUGUGAGCCUGGUGGCUUACUCCUCGAUGCUUCCUGGAAGCAAUAAUGCCAAAAAAAAUAUGAGAUACAAAUCAUUGGCUGCGAGAGGAGGAAUAUGUGGCAUUGCGGGACUCAAUAAUGUUAGUCAACCAAUCACUGGUGAGGUCCUACUGCCCGC